GAGUCAUGAUGGCCAUUUUCGUUCCUCCGAAAUAAAAUCGAAGUCCAGAUCUCACGAUUUCCCCCCAUCUCCUCCUCUUAGGAACGGGAGAAAAAACGCCAUGAGAGCACCGACGGUGCUGCUUCUCUUCAUCGGAGCUCUUCUCUUCUCCGGCGUCUACCAUGUCAGAUCCGACGCCUCCGACCACCGUUACAAGGAAGCUGACUCCGUUCCUCUCUACGCCAACAAGGUCGGACCCUUUCACAAUCCCAGUGAAACAUAUCGAUAUUUCGAUCUGCCCUUUUGUGUUCCAGAUGGUGUGAAGGAGAAGAAGGAAGCCCUUGGUGAGGUUUUGAAUGGGGAUCGACUCGUUAGUGCUCCAUACAAACUCAACUUCAGAGAGGAAAAAGACUCUGAGGUGUACUGCAAAAAGAAGCUUAGCAAAGAUGAGGUCAAACAGUUUAGGAGGGCUGUUGAGAAAGAUUUCUAUUUCCAAAUGUAUUACGAUGAUUUGCCUAUCUGGGGUUUCAUAGGAAAGGUGGACAAGGAGCGAAAGUCUGAUCCGAGUGAGUUCAAGUACUUCCUGUACAAACAUAUCCAAUUUGAGAUUCUCUACAACAAGGACCAUGUGAUUGAAAUCAGUGCCAGAAUGGAUCCUCAUUCCCUUGUGGACUUAACUGAGGACAAGGAAGUUGAUGCAGAGUUUAUGUACACUGUUAAGUGGAAGGAAACCGAGAUUCCAUUUGAGAAAAGAAUGGAGAAGUACUCCAUGUCUUCAUCUCUGCCACAUCACUUGGAAAUUCAUUGGUUCUCCAUUAUAAACUCCUGUGUCACUGUCCUCCUCUUGACCGGUUUCCUUGCAACUAUCUUGAUGCGAGUCCUCAAGAAUGAUUUCAUGAAGUAUGCCCAAGACGAAGAAGCUGCAGAUGAUCAAGAGGAAACUGGAUGGAAGUACAUCCAUGGCGACGUGUUUCGUUUCCCAAAGCACAAAUCUCUGUUUGCUGCAUGUCUUGGUAGCGGUACUCAAUUGUUUACUCUCACUGUCUUCAUUUUCAUGCUUGCUCUGGUUGGAGUGUUCUAUCCAUACAACCGUGGAGCACUCUUCACUGCUCUGGUCGUCAUCUAUGCUCUGACAUCCGGAAUCGCUGGCUACACAGCAGCGUCUUUCUAUGGUCAACUCGAAGGAAAGAACUGGGUGAGGAAUUUAUUGCUGACCGGAUGCCUCUUCUGCGGCCCUCUCUUCCUGACCUUCUGCUUCCUCAACACAGUCGCCAUCGCUUACAACGCUACGGCAGCAUUGCCCUUUGGAACCAUCAUGGUGAUCGUCCUCAUAUGGACACUUGUCACAUCGCCGUUGCUCGUGUUGGGCGGAAUUGCCGGUAAAAACAGCAAAGCCGAGUUCCAAGCGCCAUGCCGAACCACAAAGUACCCGAGGGAGAUACCGCCAUUGCCGUGGUACAGAAGCGCAAUUCCUCAGAUGGCGAUGGCUGGUUUCUUACCAUUCAGCGCCAUCUACAUAGAGCUGUACUACAUAUUCGCCAGCGUGUGGGGCCACAGGAUCUACACCAUUUACAGCAUCCUCUUCAUCGUCUUCAUCAUUCUUCUCAUCGUCACUGCUUUCAUAACGGUGGCUCUCACCUACUUCCAGCUCGCAGCCGAAGACCACGAGUGGUGGUGGAGGUCAUUCCUGUGUGGAGGAUCGACGGGGAUGUUUAUAUACGGGUAUUGCGUGUACUAUUACUACGGGAGAUCGGACAUGACGGGAUUCAUGCAAACGUCGUUCUUCUUCGGGUACAUGGCCUGCAUCUGCUACGGCUUCUUCCUCAUGCUCGGGUCCAUCGGCUUCCGCUCGUCCCUUCUCUUCGUCCGCCACAUCUACAAGUCCAUCAAAUGCGAGUAAUUCCCUUUCCCCUCUCUCCCCGUAUUUUUGCGAUUUUUGUUAGGAGGAGAUGAAAAGGAAAAAGAGUACAUCAUAUCAUAUCAUGUGACAUGUUAUUCGAUACAAAAGGACAAUGGUCUGGUUUUCGAAGCACAUAUCUUUGUCUCCUCUCUUUAGGUGUUUCUCACUCGUUGUCUUUAAAAUUUUGUGCCUUUUUUUAGGAGAGUUUUUUUUUAAUGGUGAAUUACUUGUACCUUUUCUUUUCUAUUUUAAAGCAUGAUACCCGAACCAUUUCUUUUA